CAUAAAAAGAAACAGAAAGAUAAGAGAAUGAUAAAUUUCCUGCUGAACCCAUCACCUCCUUACCCCACAAACAACUGUUAGUGUAAUAAGUUUAGGAUAUCUUGUAACAUUACUUGUGUGCAGUAGGACGGUGCAACAAAACAAGCCAUCCCGAGUCAUAAAUUUAGCCAAAAAGGUGGAAUCAUUUUCAAUCUCAGUCAUGUCUGCAAAUUCAAACCAAGAACAUGAACAUGAACAUGAACAUGAACAAGAAACAGGAAAGCUAGCUAUCCGCUUAGCAAAUGCAGUCGUAGUUCCAAUGGUACUAAAAUCAGCUUUAGAGCUUAGCAUCAUUGACAUAAUUUUCACCGCCACAAAAAGCGGCGCGUCUCUUUCACCCUCCGAGAUUGCUGCAAAAAUUCCAUCAAAGAAUCCAGAUGCACCGGUACUUCUGGACCGAAUGUUACGCCUUUUAGCUAGCUAUGAUAUAUUAGAGUGUUCUUUGGUCACUAAAGAGAAUGGUGGUGCUGAGCGAUUGUACAGUGCAAAGCCCAUUUGCAAAUUUCUUACAAGAACGCAAGAUCAACAAGGUUCUGUUGCUCCUCUCUUCUUGCUGCAUCAUGAUGAGGUUUUCAUGAAAAGCUGGUACCAUCUUAAUGAUACAAUUCUUGAAGGUGGAAAUUCAUUUACCAGAGCCUAUGGAAUGACAGCUUUUGAUUACCCAAAGACUAAUCAAAGAUUUUAUGGAGUGUUUAGUGAAGCUAUGUUAAACCACACUACUUUAAUCACCAAAAAAAUACUUGAUGUUUACAAAGGAUUUGAUGGUCUCAAAGUGUUAGUUGAUGUGGGUGGUGGUGUUGGAGUAACUCUCAACCUUAUCACUUCAAAGUAUCCUCACAUGAAGGGCAUAAAUUUUGAUUUGCCUCAUGUGUUAGCUAAUGCACCUUCUUAUUCAGGAGUUGCGCAUGUGGUGGGAGACAUGUUUGUGAGUGUUCCAAAGGGAGAUGCAAUUUUCAUGAAGUGGAUACUCCGCGGUUGGAGUGACGAGCAUUGCUUGAAACUUCUCAAGAACUGCUGGGAAGCACUCCCUAGCACUGGAGGUAAGGUGAUCAUUGUGGAGUCUAUUCUUCCCGUGGUGCCAGAAAAUGUAGUGUCUUCACACACUGUGUUUGAGCAAGAUGUGUUUAUGUUAACUCAACUCCCUGGAGGUAAAGAAAGAAGCCAACAAGAAUAUGAGGCCUUAGCAAUCAAAUCUGGCUUUUCAUCUUCUGCAGUCAUAUGCUGUGUUUUUAAUUGCUGGGUUAUGGAAUUCCACAAAUCAGAAUGACCCUUUAGUAAUGGCCUGGAUAUUUGUAAGUGAAGUUUCAACAUUAUACUGAACUAUAAAUCCAUCACGAUUUUUAAAAGUUGACAAUACCAUGAUUUUUUCC